AUGGGUUGCUUUAACUCUAAAAACUACGAAGAUAAUGAAACAGAUUACGACAUGACGCCGAUUAAGCAUUUGCCGGUGAUCUUCGUGAACGGGGUGCCGGGUGCCGGCAACCAGACAGUGGCGCAGACGAUCUCCAACAUUACUGGGUACACAAUGAUCAGGCCUGGCGAGCUGGUGAGGGCCGAGUCGCUGAAGGAGACGCCCCGGGGGCGGCUGAUAGCUGACAAGCUGCAGGCGCAGGAGGAUGUGCCUGAGCAACUAACAGUGGACCUGAUCAAAGAAGCGAUGCUGACGCAGCAGGACGCGAAGGGGUUCAUCCUAGUAGGGUUCCCUAAGAACCCGCGCAUGUCGAACAUCUUCAACAGGCAGGUCAAAUGGCCAGAGAAGAUAGUCGCGCUCGAAGUGGACAAUGAGGUGGCAGCAACAAGGUUACAGAACAAACUCUCGGAGCUGGGCAGGCCCGAAUCAGAGAUCAACGCAGCGAGACAGAUCGUGCGGGAGGCAGCCAACAAAGUGAAGAAUGUGCACAAGAGGUUUGGAGGACACGUUAUCACUCUCGACAGUAGUGGGAACCCUAAAGCCCUGGCGACCACUCUGAAAGAGAUCCUGUCGGACACAAUCGAGCAAGCCCAGAAGAGACAGGAUGCAGUGAACCCCCCAACGGCAGUGAGCGCCCCCGCCGUGGGGCCCCUAGCCCCCCUCAGCUCCAUCACCCCCCCACCCCCCGCAGCCAUCGGCGAUGUCGCGCCCGAGGUAGAAAUCAAAGAGGAGGAGAUGUGA